CGGCGGCGCGGGGCGGGCGGCGCUGCUGGGGCUGGUGGCGGCGCUGGAGGGCGCGGAGGGACCGGGCCUUCCCGCGGGCGCAGCGCGCGCUCUGCGACCCGCCUUGGAGGCGCUCCUGGAGAAGCGGCCGCGGGAGGCCCUCCGGGCGCUGGAGCCGCUGCUGCGGGAGGAAGGGCGCGCCCGGCCGAGGCGGCUGCUGGCCCUGGGCGAGGCCCUGCAAGAGGAAGGCUGGGCGCAGCGCCCCGACGGGAUGCCCCUGGACGAGCUGCGCCCGCUGCUGGAGAAGGCGCUGGGCCUGGCGAGGGAGGCGGCGAGCUGGCCUGCUGCCGCCCUGGAGAGCGCUGUGCGCGCUGGCCCGCUGGAGGAGGAGGCAGCUCUGGCUCCGAAUGGGACCUUGCCAAAAGGCCUCCUCGAGGAGGUGGGACAGGGGCACGGGGCCCCGCAAGAGGCCCCUGCAGAGACUUCCCCAAGAGGCCCCCACCAGGAGCAUCUUGCGCCAGAAAAGAUCGUGGCCACUGACUUCGGGUCUCCCCUUCCAAAGGAGGUGGGUGGGCUGCAGGGGGAGGAGGAUGCCCCCUCGUUGGAGAAGGCGCCAUGGGGGAAGGUGGAGGACCUUCAGGAUGCCCUGCGAGAAACCACCAGGAGGAAGAUGGGUGCUCUGUCCUGCAGCUUGCUGGACCAGGGCCCCCGGAAAUUGUGCAGCCACCUCCACCGCCUUUGCCGCCAGUGGCUGCAGCCAGAAAGGAACACAAAGGCGCAGAUGCUAGACCUGGUGAUCCUGGAGCAGUUCCUGACUGUCCUGCCCCCCGAGAUGCAGAGCUGGGUGCGGGAGUGUGGAGCGGAGACCAGCUCCCAGGCGGUGGCCCUUGCUGAAGGCUUCCUCCUGAGCCAGGCGGAGGAGCAGAAGGAGCAGGGAGAGAUGCAGGUGCAUCAGGUCCAGAGACCUGACUUCAAGUCAGUUUCUGAAAAUCCCGAGGAAAGGAGGGAUCUGCCUGAUCCUUCCCAGGAGCUGCUCUUCAGAGGGAUCUUCCAUGAAGAUCAAAGUCAGGACACCUCCUCCGGGCAUGAAAAGUUGGCAGUCAUAGGUUCUUCUCCUUUUUCUGGUGGAUCUGAAAGAGCAGUUGAACCCCCAACUCAGGUUCUGGUGUCUUUUGAGGAGGUGGCUGUGUAUUUCUCCAAGGAGGAGUGGUCUUCGUUAGAUCCUGACCAAAAAGCCCUGCACAGAGAAGUCAUGCUGGAGAACUUCAGAAAUGUUGCUUUUCUGGGAAAUAAUGUGCAAGAGAAAAACAAAGCAUUCCAAAUGUUUAGGCCUGAAGAGAGAAGAGGGGACUUUGGAAAUCCAAUGGAACCAAAAGGGCAGGAGGGAAAUCUGUCAAAAAAUGGGAGUAAGAGCAGCACAGCUUUUCCAUCCGCUGAAAUUCAAGACUUUAUUCCCCAAAAAGAUGAUAAAGAAAAAGUAAAAGUGAAAAAUGUGGAAGCAUCUGAAGAGGGCUUCGAUUUAGAUGAACAUUACACAAUUCAAAGUAAAGAAGAGGAUCUAUCUCAAGAGGAUAAAAAGAAUUACAAUUGGAUGUCUGGUCUCUCUCUACGUGGGAUAGCCAACAUGGGAAAUAAACGAUAUAAAUGUACAGUGACUGGAAAGCAUGUAAGUGAGAGCAGUUCCUGUGCUUCCAGUGAAAGAUUCCAUUCAGGAGAGAAACCAUAUAAAUGUGUGGAAUGUGGAAAGAGUUUUGGCCACCGUAGUAAUCUUAAUUCCCAUAAAAAAAUUCACACAGGGGAGAAACCAUUUAAGUGCACGGAGUGUGGAAAGAGCUUUACUCAGAAGGCUAAUCUCAGUUCCCACAAAAUGAUUCACACAGGGGAGAAACCAUAUAAAUGCAAACAGUGUGGAAAGAGCUUUACCCAAAACUUUCAACUAACUUCCCAUCAGAGGAUCCACACAGGGGAGAAUCCAUACACAUGCAUAGAGUGUGGAAAGAGAUUCAGGUGGAACACUCAGCUUGCUUCCCACCAAAGGAUCCACACAGGAGAGGAACCAUAUACAUGCAUGGAAUGUGGAAAGAGUUUCAGCCUGUGUAGUAAACUUAAUUCCCAUAAAAAAAUCCACACAGGAGAGAAGCAAUAUGUAUGCAAGGAAUGUGGAAAAAGCUUUACUCGGAAGGGUAAUCUGAAUUCCCACAAAAUGAUUCACACAGGGGAGAAACAAUAUAAAUGCAAAGAGUGUGGAAAGAGCUUUACCCAAAACUUUCAACUAACCUCCCAUCAGAGGAUCCACACAGGGGAGAAGCCACAUACGUGCACGGAGUGUGGAAAGAGCUUCAAGUGGAACACUCAGCUUACUUCCCAUCAAAGGAUCCACACAGGAGAGGGAUUAUAUAAAUGCGUGGAGUGUGGAAAGAGUUUCAGCCUGCGCUGUAAACUUAAUUCCCAUAAAAUGAUCCACACGGGAGAGAAACCAUAUGAAUGUGAAGAGUGCGGGAAGAGCUUUACUCAAAAGCUUCAACUUACUUCCCAUAAAUGGAUACACACUGGGGAAAAACCAUAUAAAUGCAUGGAAUGUGGAAAGAGCUUUACUCGCAGGGCUAAUGUUAAUUCCCAUAAAAUGAUUCACACAGGGGAGAAACCAUAUAAAUGUGAAGAGUGUGGAAAGAGCUUUACCCAAAACAUUCAACUGACUUCCCAUCAGAGGAUCCACACUGGGGAAAAGCCUUAUAAAUGCAUGGAGUGUGGAAAGAGCUUCAGGUGGAACACUCAGCUUACUUCCCAUCAGAGAAUCCACACAGUAGAGGGUCCAUAUAAAUGCAUGGAAUGCGGAAAGAGUUUUAGCCUGCGCAGUAAACUUCAUUCCCAUAAAAAAAUCCACACAAGAGUAAUACCAUAUAAAUGCUAAGUGUGUGGAGAGAGUUUUACCCAAAACUUUCAACUGACUUCCCAUCAGAAGAUCCACACGGGGGAAAAACCAUAGAAGUGCAUGAAUUGUGGAAAGAGCUUCAGCAUGAGCAGUUCUUUUACAUACCGUAAAAGGAUCCACAUGGGGAGAAGCUGUAUAAAUGUAUAUAGUGCGUGGAAAGAGCUACCCCGUGAAUGGUUACUUUGCAUACCGUAAAAUGGUUCACACAAGAGGAGCCAUAUAAAUGAAGCAAGUAUGGAAAGAGCUUUAUAACUUUCAAGAUACCUAUCAUAAAAGGAUGCACAUGUGGGGAGAAACUGUGUAAAUGCAUAGAAUGUGGAAAGACUUUCGAUCAUCACAGUAACCUUAAUUCCCAUUAAAAAAUUCCACACAGAGAAGCC